CUUGUAGAUAUAAAAGGGAAAAGAGACACCUCUCUUCCUCUUUUAUUCACUCUUGUUCAACAAUAAAAAUCUCUUUCUUUUACCUUUUCUCUUAUAAUUGCAAUUGUUUGUCUGCUUUCUUUCACUCUUUGAGAGAAGAGAGCAAUCUUUGAUCAGAAACUCUUUCUCUGCUCUCCAAUUUGAUCCUAAUUUUAAUGUUUAUGCCUUGGAAACCUUGAGAUUUUCUUCAAUUAUUGACAGAUGCAGAUGGGUUUUGAGCAAUCAUGGCCAUAUAUCAUGUGUAAUCUUUGUUUCUUAAUUGUUAUAUCACGAUCUAUAACGAUCAUAAUGUACAGAUUAUAAAGCUGUUCAAGCUUGCGUUUUUCUUUCUUUUUCUCUUUUUUUGGCUUGCCUUUGGGUUAGAUUCUCUUGUGCUUGUUUUGGUUGGCAUGGUCAAGUGUACUCCUUGUAGAUAAUCUGAUGUUGGUUUUAUUUUCUGGAUAUGCUAAAAAGCUUUUUUUUUUUUUUUUUUUUUCUUGGGUAUAAAGUUGUUGAUAAUCACAUCCUCUGUUUCUGGGUUUUCAGACCAUGGAUUCUGAUUUUGCUGUUGUGGGUUAUUGUUCAUCAGGUCAACAAAGAGACUUUGAUUAAUUUUUUUUGGGAUGUUUUAAUGAGUUUACGUGAACAGAAGGUUCUCUUUUGAUUGUGGUAUUCUUUGCUUUUUGGGUUCUUUUUGGGUGUGGAAUAUCCUUUCAUCUAAGAAUAGUACUCUUCUCUUCCAAGUAUUCGUUCAGUGUUUCUAUAGAUUGCAAUUUCUCUCAGAUUCAAUUGGAUGAUCUAAAUUGCUUUGGUCAAGCUUAAUAUUCAAUCAUCGGGUCACCCUUUUGCUUAUCUGGGUCUCAUCUCCUUUGCUUGUGCUUUUGUUAGAUUAUCUACUUCUGCUUAAGUGUUGUCUUUUGUUUAUACAUCAAUGGAAACUUUUAAGCAUCCUUUAUCUGUUCUUUUAGCAAUUGACUCAAGUUUUUGGAUAUUUAAUUUUGCUUUCUACUUCCUGCUAUUUAAGGAAAUUUUAUUAGCGUGUGUUCUUACCUGUAGGUUUGAGAAUUGAAGCUUGCUGAUUAGUGCAUAAUUUAAGCAACUUAGAUAAUCUUCUCUGUCAAGUUUGGGCACUGCCAUAAUUUAAGCAGUGCCCAUUUCCCAUGGAUGCCACAACGAGUGGAACCUCAAGUAUACAUUACCAUAACAUAACUGACCAGCCCAUUACUGCCAUUGUUGCUGCUCCUGUAUCAACAUUUCAAAGAAGCCAACGCCAUUGUUUUGGGGACUCCACUCCUGGAGAAUUCCCAUUGGCUGCCAAUCCAUCCGUUGUCCUCCAUGUCCUGACUGCUUGUAAUUUGGAUCCCCAAGACCUUGCAAAAUUAGAGGCAACAUGUUCCUUCUUUAGGCAGCCUGCGAAUUUUCCCCCUGACCAUGGAUUAUCCAUAUCAGAGCUUGCAGCUCUGGAUAUGUGCCAAAAGAGAGCCAUAUUUAAGCCUAUGACUCCAGAAGAACGUGAACAUUUGAAGCAAAGAUGUGGGGGCUCAUGGAAACUAGUUCUGAGAUUUUUAGUGGCUGGAGAAGCAUGUUGCAGGAGGGAGAAGUCCCAGGCAAUAGCAGGACCGGGCCAUAGUAUUGCUGUGACAUCUAAGGGAGCAGUGUACUCCUUUGGCUCUAAUAGCUCAGGACAACUUGGUCACGGCACCACUGAAGAGGAAUGGCGACCUCGACAAAUCAGAUCCCUGCAAGGCAUUCGAAUUAUCCAAGCAGCUGCUGGGCCUGGCAGGACAAUGCUAAUUAGUGAUGCUGGACGGGUGUAUGCCUUUGGAAAGGACUCCUUCGGUGAAGCUGAAUAUGGGGUUCAAGGAACUAAUCUGGUUACAACUCCACAACUGGUUGAAUCUUUGAAAAGCGUAUUUGUUGUCCAAGCUGCAAUAGGAAAUUUCUUCACUGCUGUAUUGUCCAGAGAAGGCAGGGUGUACACAUUUUCUUGGGGCAGUGAUGGAAAACUUGGUCAUCAGACUGAGCCAAAUGAUGUGGAACCUCAUCCUUUGUUGGGGGCACUUGAGAAUAUACCAGUGGUGCAAAUUGCAGCUGGAUACUGUUACCUUCUUGCUCUGGCAUGUCAACCUAGUGGCAUGUCAGUAUACUCUGUUGGAUGCGGCUUGGGUGGGAAGCUGGGGCAUGGAUCAAGAACUGAUGAGAAGUAUCCUCGAUUAAUUGAACAAUUUCAGCUUUUGAACCUUCAGCCUGUGGUGGUGGCAGCUGGUGCUUGGCACGCAGCUGUGGUAGGGCGAGAUGGACGGGUUUGCACGUGGGGUUGGGGACGUUAUGGGUGCCUGGGUCAUGGGAAUGAAGAGUGUGAAUCAGUUCCUAAGGUUGUAGAAUCAUUAAGCAAGGUCAAAGCUGUUCAUGUAGCUACGGGGGAUUACACGACCUUUGUGGUUUCUGAUGAGGGUGAUGUAUACUCAUUUGGUUGUGGGGAAUCUGCUAGUCUCGGACACAAUGCUGCUGCUGCUGCUGACGCACAGGGAAAUAGGCAUGCCAAUGUGUUGAGUCCAGAACUAGUAACAUCGCUGAAGGAGGUGAACGAGCGAGUGGUGCAGAUCAGCCUCACCAAUUCAAUAUACUGGAAUGCUCACACAUUUGCACUAACUGAAUCUGGGAAACUCUACGCAUUUGGCGCAGGAGACAAAGGGCAACUGGGUAUAGAACUAGUGAACAACCAGACCGAAAGAGGCAAUCCGGAACCAGUGGAAAUCGAUCUAAGUUAGCCGGAAAAAUGGCUCGCCUUACUGUUCCUUACCCUUUUUUAACUCAUCAGCACGAGCAUUAUUCUAUGCAUUUGGCGUCUAGAUUUCCCUGUUUAUUUUGUACAUAGAAAAACAGAAAGAAUUGUGAAGAUUUAAAGAAGCAAGGUUUUAGGUAGCAAAAGGCCCAUACUCCUCAUCCUCCAUGACUUUACUUCUAAAGAAAAUUAAGGUGAGUGCUGCUUGGGCAUUGUAGUUGUUGUUAAUAGUUCAUACAUUUGUUUAAGGUUCAUUAUAACUUGUUUAUGCAGAUUUGGACUCUUAGUAUGGUUAAAUUAAAAUGUAAAAAAUUUAAACCUCAAUAAGAUUUUUAAUAAUUUAGAAAGCA